AUGUGUGCAACAGUGCUGAAGAUAUUUCCAAUUCUAGCCAUCCUUGCAGGCCACACCAGCGGGGUCGUGGUGACAGUCCCUGAGAAGACAGUGAAUGUCACUACAGGUGGAAAUGCAACUCUCCUCUGCACGUAUACCAGUCCUGGAACCCUGGGAAAUUUCUUUAUUCAGUGGAGUUUUUACAGUGCCAAAGAGAGCCAGCUGCAUACCCAUUCCCCAUGCCAUGGUAUUCUGAGUAUGGAUGAAAAGUCAGUCAGUCUUUGUCAAAAGACGGUGUAUGUGACAGAUGCACGGGGAAGAUGUAGCUGGAGAUACAAGAUCUAUUAUUAUUCAGGAGGCCAGUCUUACUCCUAUGGAGCAUUUAAGAACAGGAUAACAGCUUCAACAAGUCCAGGGAAUGCAUCAAUAACAAUCUCCAACAUGCAGCCCUCAGACACUGGUUCCUACACCUGUGAAGUUUUCAGCCCUCAGGGUGAUGCUGGACAGAGUCAAAAAUCUGUGGUUGUCAAUGUGCUGGUCAAACCAUCAAAACCUUUCUGUAAAGUAGAAGGAACCCCUGAGAAAGGCCAUCUGAUCUACCUCCUAUGCAACUGUGAAGAGGGGUUGCCUCGCCCCACCUACCACUGGUACAAAGUUGAUGAGAACACCCUCAAGCCUGUGAGAGAACAACUUGAUCCAAACUCUGGCAUCCUUUACAUUGGCAACCUCACCACCUUUGAAACUGGCUACUAUCGGUGCAUAGCCAGCAACCAGCUGGGGAACAGCACCUGUGAGCUGGACCUAACAGCAAAACAUUCAGAUGGUGGUAUUGUUGCUGGAGCACUGAUUGGAGCAAUUCUGGCAGCUGCUAUAAUCUGCAUUAUUGUCUGGGUCUUAACCAAGAAGGCAAAAAAUAGGAAGUCAUCAAAUUAUGAGAUGCAAGAAAUGGUUCAGAAAAAAUCCAAUGCAGACUAUGUUCAGGUACCCAAUGAAGAAAACAUUCCUGUGACCACAGUUCCAUCAAGCAAUGCAACAAAUGAAUAUCCAAGUGUUGAGGAAACAGCAGCUCCUGCAACACCUGAAAAUGAUGAGAAGCAAGAAGCAGGAAAAGAAGAAACAGCCUAGAGUUUAUAAUAGAGUUUUCUUUGUCACCUUUGGACCCCUUUGUACAAAAAUUGUUGUCAAUGAAUUAACAUAGAAGCAUGACUAAAACUUGUAUUCAAGGCAUUUGUAUUGCGACCCACUGGGGUGGAUUAAAAAGGGUCUGUUACACAGGCACUUUGUAAAUAGCAGAAGAUUUGGCCUUUAAAAUGAACCAAAUUUCUUUUAUUAUCUAGUUAUACUGCAAAAAAAAUUAAGUAUAAAAAGAGUAUCAUCAACAUCAAACUAUUUUGCAAAACUAAUUAGGAAAUGGGCUGAAGCAUUUGUCAAAGCAAGAGCUUUCCAGUGAACUCCCAGUAAUGCUGUGUGUGCACAGAGUUCAGAACCACAGCAGCCUUGUCCAGAAACAGUGUUAGCCAGCCUGCUUCAUGUGCACCAAGUAAUCAUGGCCAGUACAUUGCAGUAUUUCAAGGAACUGAUUUUGCACAUCAGAAGUAAAAACAGGUUACAUUAUUGUCAUCAGAAUGCUGAAACAUCUGUCAACAUCUUAACAGAUGUUAAGACCUGAGUCAAGGUA